AUGUUUGCGUUCUUGAGCAAGAAGAUCGCCAUCCCAAACGGCGUGCGGCUGCGAUGCGUCGCGUGGGACAAGGACCAGGGAUGGAUCGCAUGUGGAGGCGAGAACGGCAUGCUCAAGGUCCUGCGGCUGGAAGGCGCUCCCAGGCGCGGCGGCGAUGCGAAGGCUGCGGCGCCGCCCAGCCACGGGGCGGCCGCGGCGGGCGGCGGCGCCGCCGCCGCCGGGGCGCUGUCGAUGAACCAAAACUUGGAAGGGCACAGCGGGGCCGUGACGGGUGUGGCGUGGAACGGACCGUACCAAAAGCUGGCCAGCAGCGAUGAGGGCGGGCUCAUCAUCGUGUGGGCGCUGCAGGACGGCGCCUGGAACAAGAGCUUCGUGCGCGACAUGCGUUGGACGCCCGGCGGCGAGAAGAUCUGCAUCGCCUACGACGAUGGCGCCGUCAUCGUCGGCAGUGUGGACGGCAACCGCCUUUGGGGCAAGGACCUGGGCAUGGGGCUGUCCCUGGUGGAGUGGAGCGCAGACGCGCGGCUGAUCCUGUUCGGGACGGCUGGCGGCGAGUGCCACGCGUACGACGCGAGCGGCAACGCGGUCGGCAAGGUGCCGCUCUACUGCAACGAAGGAUACGGGGGUGAGCGCGCGGCUCCGGGCGGGCGCUGCGAGCGGGCCGUGCGUUUGGCUGCGGGCAAUCCGCGCUUGGUUGCUGUCGAGUGGUACGACGGCGGCGGCGGGCCCCACGCGGCCGGCGCGCCCGUGCUGGCGUUGGCCCUCGAGAACGGCCGCCUGCAGCUGAUGGCGCACGAAGCGGACGACGGCGGCGUGUGCGUCGACACGGGCAUGCGCGUGCGCGGUGCCAAGUGGAGCUCAGACGGCAUGGCGCUCGCGGUGUGGGGCAUGCAGCUCGUCGCGUCAGGGCCCGACGCCGGCCGGGAACCGUGGCUGCUGCAGCUCUACUCCCCGUCUGGCGAGCACCUGCGCACGCUGCGCGUCCCCGCGCCGCCCGGCGGCGGCGGCGGCGCGGGCGGCGGCGGCGGAGGCAUCUCGGGCGCCACGUGGGAGGGGGGCGGCCUGAGGGUGGCGCUGGCUGUGGAGGCGUCGGUGCUGUUUGCCAGCGUGCGGCGCGACCACCUGUGGGGCUACUUUGGCAGCACGCUAGCUUACACGUUUGUGCGGCCGGACCGGCCGCAGGAGCACUGCGUGGUGUUUUGGGACACGCGCAGCAACAGCAGGUACGCCAAAUUUGUGCGCCGCCUGGUGGGCAUGCGCGCCGCGGGCGACUUUGCCGUGCUGGCGACACGAGGCGACGCGCCGGGGGAGCACGUGCUGAUACUGUGCAACGCCAUAGGCAGCCCCGUAGACAGCAGCGGGUGGCUGCAGCUACAGCUUCAGCCGCCGCAGCUACCGGAGCUGCCGCUGCUGCUGCCGCUGCUGCUGCCGCUGCUGCCGCUGCUGCUGCCGCUGCUGCUGCUGCUGCUGCCGCUGCUGCUGCCGCUGCUGCUGCCGCUGCUGCUGCCACUGCUGCUGCUGCUGCUGCUGCUGCUGCUGCUGCUGCUCAGCUUCUCAAAGCUGUCGCCGGCGGAGUCCGCGGCCGCGGCGGCCAACGUGGGCCCCGCAGCGGCGGGUGCGGCAGGCAGCCAGGCACGUGAGGCGCGCGACCGCAUCAUGAGCAUCGACGACCCUUCCACCCACAUGCCGCCGGACGCGUUCAAGGCCCCCCGAGGUGGCGCGGGCGCGAGCGCCGACCCCGUGGCGGCGGUCGCGGCCAGCAACAGCUGCCUGGUGGUGGCGCGCUCCUCGGGGGUCGUGUACCGCUACAGCCUGCCCGGCCUGGCGCUCGAGGCGCAGCACCUGCUGCGCUGCCGCCCGCACCGCCUGGCGCUGAAUUGCGACAGCGCAAAGCUGGGCGUCGACGUGUGGGGGAUGCUGUGGGCCGAGGACAACCCCGACUUGGUGGCGCUGAUGGAGAAGGGCCGGUUGUACGUGCUGCGCGGCGGGGCGCCUGAGGAGCCUGUGGCCAGCAGUGGGUACCUGGCGGCUUUCAGGGAUCUGGAGGUGCGGUCCGUGUUUCUGGACGACGUGAUGGCGGACCCCGACGCCCCCGAGCUGGCAUGCGUUGUUGACUAUGAGACGCGCAGCCUCAGGGACACGCGGGCCCUGCUGGCCGGCAGCGCCGGCGCCGACAGCGCGGGCGCGUUCGUGUCGGACAACCCUCACCCGCGGCUGUGGCGGCUGCUGGCGGAGCACGCGCUGGAGCGGCGCGACUGGGCGCUGGCGGAGAGGGCCUUCGUGCACUGCUCAGACCUUGCGGGCAUCCAGCUGGCGCGUUCCCUGGCGGCGCAGCAGGACCCCCUCAAGCAGACUGCGGAGGUGCAAAUCGUGUGCUUGUACUUCAAGCGGUUCGACGAGGCCGAGGAGGCGUACCGCAAGAUGGACCGCCUGGACCUGGCGGUGGCCCUCAGGAGCAGGCUGGGCGACUGGUUCCGGGUGGAGAAGCUGCUGCGGGAGGGGGGCGGCAGCGACGUGGAGCUGCGGGAGGCAGCGGACCGCAUAGGGCAGUAUUACAGCGAUCGGCAGAAGUGGCAGCGCGCGGCGCAGCACUUCACGCAGUCCCGCAACAGCGCCAUGCUGGUGGAGUGCUUCUACCGCCUGGAGGACUACGCCUCCCUCGCGCGCCUCGCCGACGCCCUGCCCGAGGCUGACCCGCUGCUGCUGUCGGUCGGCGCGCGCCUGCAGAGCGUCGGGCUGGCGGCCGAGGCGGUCGGCGCGCGAUGA